AUGGCUUUGAAACCUACUACCUGCAAAGAAGCAAUAGCUCGUUGGGAAAAACAAAAGGGCGAAUCAGCAGCAGACGCGAAAGUUAUAGAACUUCAAUUUCAGUGGCCUCCUAUUGAGAAAAUGGAUGGCGCGCUUUCCACUCUAGUGAAUUGCGAAAAAUUAAGCUUAUCGUCCAAUAUGAUCGAUAAAAUAGCCGGGAUUGCGGGAAUGAGAAAUCUUAAGAUAUUGUCUCUUGGAAGAAACUACAUAAAGUCAUUGUCAGGCGUGGAAACUGUGGCAGAUAGCCUUGAAGAGCUAUGGAUCAGCUACAAUCCCAUCGACAAGCUGAAAGGUAUUGGAGCACUAAAGAAUCUCCGCGUCCUAUAUAUGGCCAAUAACGCUGUCAAGGAAUGGGUGGAAUUCAACAGAUUACAGGAGUGUCCGGCGCUACGAGACUUAGUAUUUACUGGCAAUCCCAUAUGCGAAAAUCAACCGGACAUCGAUACAUGGCGCGCUCAGGCAGCGAACAGAUUGCAACAAAUUAUAAAACUCGACGGCAUACCGAUUCUUAGAGAUUAA